AUGCCUCCAAAGAAGAAAGAUGAGCCCAAGGGCAAAAAGCCUUCGGCUGCCAAGGUUGCCGAGGACAAGACCUUCGGUAUGAAAAAUAAGAAGGGUGCUGUUGCCCAAAAGCAUAUCAAGCAGAUCCAGGCGACAGCCAAAGCCGGAGGUAGCGCGGAAGAGAAAAAGAAGCAAGCUGAAAAGGAUGCUCGAGCCCGCGAGAAGAAGGCCGCCGAAGAUGCUAAGCGAGAAGCCGACCUACUACUCAACAAACCAGCACAGAUCCAGAAAGUUCCCUUCGGUGUCGAUCCUAAGACUGUCGUCUGUAUAUUUUUCAAGAAAGGCAAUUGCGAGAAGGGAAAGAAGUGCAAAUUCGCACAUGAUCUCUCAGUUGAACGAAAAACCGAAAAGAAGAACCUCUAUACCGACGGUCGGGGAGAAGAGGAAGAGAAGAAGAAGCAGGAGACGUCUGAAGACUGGGACGAGGAGAAGUUGCGAAAAGUUGUCCUUUCCAAGAAGGGCAACCAAGUCACUACCACCGACAAAGUCUGCAAAUUCUUCAUUGAAGCGAUUGAAGACGGAAAAUACGGUUGGUUCUGGACAUGUCCAAACGGAGGCGACAAAUGCAAGUAUAAGCACGCUCUUCCACCAGGUUUCGUGCUUAAGACGAAAGAACAACGCGCAGCCGAGAAGGCUCUCAUGGAUAAAUCUCCGCUCAAGACUCUAACCCUCGAGGAUUUCUUAGAGUCGGAAAGACACAAGCUUACCGGAACGCUCACGCCUGUCACUCCAGAAAGCUUUGCGAAAUGGAAGAAGGAUCGGUUAGACAAGAAGGCGGCCGAGGAACAGGCUCGCCAAGCCAAGGAAUCGACUGGUCGUGCCCUGUUCGAGAGUGGUAACUGGAGAUUCACAGAAGAAGACGAGUCCGAAGAAGAAGACGAGGAGGAUAGUGCCUGGAAUCUAGAAAGGCUAAGGCAAGAAACGCAGGCAAUCCGAGACAAGAAGGAAGCAGACCGGAUAGCGGCGGCCGCAGGAUACUCGGCCGACUCUACUCAACCCCCAGAUACCGGCGAUGGUACCCCUGUAACCGCAGGCGCCUGA